GUCCUCUACCAUUCUUGACAACAACAGUUGUCCUUGAUCUUGGCAAAGAGGGCUUCGUGAAACACGUAGCUAGCAUGCAGCACUGACCUGUACCUGAGGUCAGUGGCUAGCUUCCCAACGCUGAUUCAGAAUUAGUCAAGAAGUUAGUUUGCGACGAUUUUUAGAGACACUACCACUACACCAGGCACCACCAUAAUAACAGAAGUUGAGGAAAAGGGAUAUCUAGAAGAGACAAUUAGAUUUGCAGCGUAUUCAGAGCGUUCCUGAAGUCCUACAUACAUGUACAUGUAUUUUGGAGUUGUCUGAAAUAACUUGCAUUGUGCCCCAAAAGCGAGCCAAGACCACCUCAUCCCCAGAUUUUCAACAGGCAAAGACAAAAUGGCUGACUCUGAUGACGAGGAAAUCUUGUACGACAAUGACCUGGGUCGUAACCUGAUUGGGGGCAAGCGGGUGAAGAACGUGGAUGACGUCUUGAACGGAGGGAAGAAGGACAAGAGGAAACUGAGGAAAACCCUUGCUCUGUGCUUGGCGUUCUUAUGCUUGGGUCUAUGCCUGGCCAUUCUAGGCCCAACGCUGCUGAGCCUACAGAAGCACCUAGAUACCACGCUUCCCAAGAUCUCCUGGGUGUUCGCGGGGCGGAGCGUUGGGUACCUCUUUGGUGCAAUCCUCGGUGGGAUGCUCUUCCAAUCCUUCAACCCUCUCUUCCUCCUAUCCGUUGUCCUGUUCCUGUGCGGUAUAGGGGUCUUGGCUGUCCCGUUCGUGACAUCGGUCCUGGUCCUGGCAGUAAGCAUCAGUAGUGUUGGUAUCAGUAUGGGUGUCCUAGACACAGGUGCAAAUCUUCUCUGCCUUCGCAUGUGGGGGAAGAAACGUUCCGGCACCAUGCUUCAGGCACUACAUUUCAGCUUCGCCCUUGGUGCCUUUAUCUCGCCUCUUGUUGCAGCUCCUUUUUUGGCGGAAACCACUGCCGCCAACAGCACCAUGUUGGUAUUGCCUUCCCCUAUGAUCAAUGUAACAUUGGCAUCGCCUGUUAUAAGUCCUGUUCCAGGAGCACCCAGUGAGAACGGUACUCUGAACACCGGAGGAGCAGCUAAACCUAUUACCACUGAAGGAGUAGAUAAAUCUAAUGGCACUGAACUUACUGAUCAAAGAGAGAAACGUGACGCCGUCAACGAAGGAACAGUUAAACCUUCUACCACUAAAGGAACAGUUAAACCUUCUACCACUAAAGGAACAGUUAAACCUUCUACCACUAAAGGAACAGUUAAACCUUCUACCACUAAAGGAACAGUUAAGCCUUCUACCACUAAAGGAACAGUUAAGCCUUCUACCACUAAAGGAACAGUUAAACCUUCUACCACUAAAGGAACAGUUAAACCUUCUACCACUAAAGGAACAGUUAAACCUUCUACCACUAAAGGAACAGUUAAACCUUCUACCACUAAAGGAACAGUUAAACCUUCUACCACUAAAGGAACAGUUAAACCUUCUACCACUAAAGGAACAGUUAAACCUUCUACCACUAAAGGAACAGUUAAACCUUCUACCACUAAAGGAACAGUUAAACCUUCUACCACUAAAGGAACAGUUAAGCCUUCUACCACUAAAGGAACAGUUAAACCUUCUACCACUAAAGGAACAGUUCAACCUAUUACCAUUGCAGGAAAAGACACUCCUUCAAAAUCAGAGCAGCCUGCACCCCAGCGUGAGGUUGAAAGGUUUGCGAUGCCCUUCAUCAUCAUAGGGAUCUUGGUUCUUUUAACCUGUGGGUUAUUUUUCUACUUGCUUUGCACCAAGCCCAAAGAGGAACCUGGAUACAUCGGUUCAGAGCACUCUGACGGGACUUCAGCUAAGGACAACAGCCCGUUCAGAACAAGGAUCCUGAUCCUUCUGUUCUUCUUCUACUUCCUAUACGUUGGCGGAGAAGUCGCUUACGGAAGCUUUGUCCCCAUGUUUGCGAGUAAGAGUCAACACCACUUUGAGCAGGACCGUGCGAGCCACGUGGCAGCCCUGUUCUGGGGCGCCUUUUGCCUUGGACGGGGUCUAGCUAUCUGUCUUGCAAGUGUCAUCUCGCCACUGAAGAUGGUGAUUGCCGACAUGGUGGGAUGCGUUACUGCGUCCCUUGCCCUGACGCUCUUUGCAGACAGCAACGAGAACAUCCUAUGGAUCUGCAGUGCUCUCUUGGGUCUGUCCAUGGCCUCGCUCUUCCCAACUGGUAUCGUUUGGCUGGAGACGUACACCCCUGUCACCGGCAACACCGCAUCCUUCCUUAUUGUCGGUAGCGCCCUCGGAGAAAUGUGCGUACCCGUCUUAAUUGGUUAUCUCUUUGAAGAUCGCAUAGGCCCCAUGGUUCUAAUGUACUGGAUGUUGGCAACGUCCGCGUUGUCAGCUCUCAUCUUCGUCUAUGUGUUCUGGUUGAUGGCGGAGAGCGGGCGGGAGAAGAAGUCGCUACCGGCCGAAAAGAGCCCCGCCCUGGAGCUGUUCCAGAGCGUUGAGGAAGCCCUGCCCAUGGAGGAACUCUUCAAGAAUGGAGGAUCAAAUAACAAGCAGAUGAGCAAACCACGUGUCCCUCCGAUCCUAAAAAGGAAGAACCACAAAGAGUGAACUGUUCAAUCCAAAACAAUGUUAGUACUGCAGCUGCAAAUGAACAAUCAACGAAUGUCUAUCCAUUUUUAUGCUGUGGAUAAUAUCUUCUGGAUUUUAUCAGUCAAAGUUCUUACGUGUUCAAUCAGGCCGAGUAUAAAAGGCAUCUGCAAGUAUCUUCAGUAUUGAAGAGGCAGAUUAUCUUGAAGAAGAAGUAGAAGAAAAGUGAUGUAGUGAUCUCAUAUUUAAAAAAUUCCCUAACUUUUUCAUUAUACAUCUCAUUUAUUUCAAACUUCUGCCAUUCUGUUGCUGUUAUUUUUCUAAAUUCAAAUCAAUGACCUUAUUUGAUACAAAGGUUGGAAUGCCCUUUAAACCGUAAGAAAUGAUAUCAACUACGAAACUGUAAUCAUAAGAAUAUAAUGGUAGGGCAUGUUCAUCAUCCAUGCUCGCAUACGCUCUAGAUUGAAAUUUCAUGAAAAUGUAUAUACGCAAACGAAGAAUGCAAUUGAAAUAUAAUGCUAGUUUUC